AGUGUGUCCUAUGUGAACCUGCCGUGAACCGUACCCUACAGCUCUACGGUGAACCUCUCCACUGUUUGCGCCAAUGCACCCCAGCUGUGGAGAAAUUACACCUCCUCAUCUGGUACCAGGUUGGGGAGGAGCUGGAUUCUUCCCUGAUUCACUCUGCCAGGGACCUGUAUUCUGAAUCACUCUGCCAGGGACCUGUAUUCUGAAUCACUCUGCCAGGGACCUGUAUUCUGAAUCACUCUGCCAGGGACCUGUAUUCUGAAUCACUCUGCCAGGGACCUGUAUUCUGAAUCACUCUGCCAGGGACCUGUAUUCUGAAUCACUCUGCCAGGGACCUGUAUUCUGAAUCACUCUGCCAUUACUCAUCUCACCCUAACCCUAACCCUGUAUUCUGAAUCCAAUUCAAUGGUGCAAUUAACGACUUCUCAGGCUGAGGAGUGAGUUUACAAAUCCAUACCUGUUAAAUAACACCACAAUCACCAUCUCUUCAUAAAUGUAUUGUACCCAAAGGAAGAGACUGCAGCUGAGCCGAGUCAUAUUCCUCCUGUCUGUUGUUCUACUGUGUUGUCUCUACCAGCUGUCUAUCACCUCCAAGCUCUCCCCAGGACCCUGGCCCCAUGCCCUGCCCCAAAGAGGUGAGGGGUCUGGGGAUGGAGAGGGACUGACAGGGGCCCUCCUGGAGGAGGUUACAUUGGAGACCUUAAGGGAGGGGGGACACAGUGUUGACACACAAGAGGAGGAAAUUAUAGAUUUGGUGACAACUGAAGUGUCCGAUUAUUACUCUGAGACGACUACAGAUGAUGUCACACCAUCCACUACCACUGAGGUCUCAUCAUCAUCAUCAUCAUCAGUGACUACAAUCCGGAGUAUCGUUCACUGUAUAUAUGUAGACCUGGAGCCUCCCAUUCAGAUCCCCACCCUUCCCAAUCCACCACCCACCCAUCUAGUCCCCAACACCACCCAAUCCUCCCCUGCCGACCCGGGGGACGCCCCUCAUCAGAAAGGAGAGUACCCGACUGAUAUCUUCUCCGUGGAGGACCGGAGACGAGGCUGGGUGUCGCUCCACAUCUUCGGGAUGAUGUACAUGUUCGUCUCACUCGCCAUUGUGUGUGAUGAAUUUUUUGUCCCUGCGCUCGGCGUCAUCACAGACCAGCUCGCCAUCUCCGACGACGUGGCCGGGGCAACCUUCAUGGCGGCAGGAGGCUCCGCUCCGGAGCUGUUCACCUCGCUGAUUGGCGUGUUCAUCUCUCAUAGCAAUGUGGGCAUCGGGACGAUCGUGGGGUCGGCGGUGUUCAAUAUCCUGUUCGUCAUCGGCAUGUGUGCCAUCUUCUCCAGGGAGAUGCUGCACCUCACCUGGUGGCCCCUGUUCAGGGACGUCUCCUUCUAUAUCAUAGACCUGAUCAUGUUGAUAAUCUUCUUCCUGGACAACACCAUCAUGUGGUAUGAGAGUAUAAUGCUGGUGGCUGGCUACAGCUCCUAUGUCUGCUUCAUGAAGUACAACGUUCAGCUGGAGGCAGCAUUCAAGAACCAGCUCAGGAAACACCAGCACAUCAUUAAUAUCAUCACUGUGGCUGUUGAGGAUGAACCUGAUAAGGAUGAGACAGCAGGUCAGAAUAGUAGCCCUCCUGCCCCAGAAGACAAGAAACUAUUAAAGUUGAAGCCUGUCCUCCAGAGAGGAGGAAGUUCAGCCUCUCUUCACAACUCCACCAUGAGGAACACCAUGUACAAGCUGAUGAUUCACACACUAGACCCCCUGGGAAACAACAAAGAACCAGUUGUCCCUGCACCCUCAGCCGCCCCAGUUCCAGCCCCUGCUCCAGCCCCAACCAAGGAGGAGGAGACGAAGAAGGAGCAGCCAGAGGGUCAGAUGGAGGACAAAUCGGCAGCAGUUGGUUCGUCUUGUAGUGAGGAUGAUGAGGAUGAUGACGACAGUGAUGAAGAUAGUUCUGAUGAGGAAAGUUCUGAUGAGGAAAGUUCUGAUGAAGAUGACGAUGAGGAAGAUGAGGAAGAUGAUGACCUUGAUGACAAGCCUCUGUCUUUGGUGUGGCCGGACACCAGAUGUAAACAGGCCACAUAUCUGUUCCUCCUGCCUAUAGUCUUCCCUCUGUGGCUCACCGUGCCCGACGUCCGUAACCCGAUAUAUAAGAGGUUUUUUGUGAUCACCUUCCUGGGGUCUAUCCUAUGGAUCGCCGUCUUCUCCUACCUCAUGGUGUGGUGGGCACAUCAGGUGGGAGAGACCAUAGGCAUCUCAGAGGAGAUCAUGGGCCUAACCAUCCUGGCUGCAGGAACGUCCAUCCCUGACCUCAUCACUAGUGUUAUUGUGGCCCGUAAAGGACUGGGGGAUAUGGCUGUGUCCAGUUCUGUGGGCUCCAACAUCUUCGACAUCACCAUGGGCCUGCCAGUCCCGUGGUUAUUGUGGUCGUCGUUCAAUGGUUUUGCUCCGGUGCCCGUCAGCUCCAACGGCCUGUUCUGUGCCAUUGUGUUGCUCUUCCUCAUGCUCCUCUUCGUCAUCAUCAGUAUUGCUGUGUGUAAGUGGAGGAUGAACAAGAUGCUGGGAUCUACCAUGUUCCUUCUCUAUUUUGUCUUCCUGGUGCUGAGUGUUCUGCUAGAGGACAGAGUUAUCAUCUGUCCUGUGUCCAUCUGACACUAUUGUCUUCCUGGUGCUGAAUGUUCUGCUAGAGGACAGAGUUAUCAUUGAUUGAAUUUGACAAUUUGUCAAAUACAUAUGGGCGCUUCAGCCGGUGACACCUCCACAAAAUAGUUUGCUUCAUAACAUGAGAUAAUGUUUAUUAGGAAAUUGUACUAAUUAAGUGCACACACACAAACGCACACACCCAAACGUACACGCACACACACAAAUGCAGACACACACACACACACAGAAACAUACACACACGUGCUGGAGGAUCAAGUCAUUAUAUGCUCUGUUUCCAUCUGAGUCUGAUUGUGUGAGGCCUCUCUUUUGAGGCUGAUUGUGUGAGGCCUCUCUUUUGGGGCUGAUUGUGUGAGGCCUCUCUAUUGGGGCUGAUUGUGUGAGGCCUCUCUUUUGUCCAGCAUGGUGUCUGACCAGAUUAGUCUAUAGGCAUGGUUCCAAAUUAAAUAGAUACUUCAGUUUAAAGAAAGUCGCUAACUAGCAUUUGCAAGUAGAUACCAUAGACGUCCAGUCAUUGCGCUAACACUAGUUAGCAUUGGCUCACGGAACUACCUCUAAUUUUCUUCAUAUUGGAUGCAGAGACAUACAGAUGGUAUCCAUGAGUUCAUUUGACUCUGGGGAAGUACAUAAAGUGCUUCUUUGCCAACAUCCAGAAGUAUCCCUUCAACAUUUUUCAUUGGUAGCACUGGUGCUCCCAACUUUAAAAAGUUAGGAGCACCACAUGAAACUUAGGAGCACCAGAAAACAGGAUGUGUUUAAUUCAGAGAUACAGCCUAUAUUAGGCUUUUAUGAAUUCUACUUUUGAAGCAUGUGUUGUGUCCUAGAAACUAAUAUGUAACACGGUAAAGAAAUGUGUUUAUUAUAAAAGCUAAAAUGUUGAUACUAAUACCUGUCAUUGACAUUACAAAAGUUAUUUUUUAGUAUUAGUAAUAUUAGGUUUCUGCAUUGUGUAAAGCACAAUUUUCCUAUUGAGAUACAUUGAAUUGGAAAUUGUACGCUGUCCCUUUAAACACUUCAGGUUUGUGAUGACAACAUGCAAGAGAUCUGUCAUUCAUUCAUUGCUGUGAUCAUUGACCUCCUGAAGAAGAUAUCCCUCUUCCUUUCUUUCUGUGUCCUCAGAUGUUCGUAUAUACUGGUGAAGUUACAAGGUUGUUAGCUAGCCAAUGAGGUUACAUGACUGAACGAAGUAUAAACAAAUGGUUAACGACGCACAAGUAGUUUUAGAAUGGCCCAAGACAUAAUUUCAGAAUGUAAAAUGUGGUCCCUGCGAUCAGCUAUAGACAAGUUGGUUGUUUCGCAACAAAACCGACACAUGCCCAAAUAUGGGGCAAAACAGACUGGGCUGACUUAGAUUGUUGACAACAUGUUAACAAUAUUUAGUCUCCAAUGUUUAUUGAAAACAUAAAUGAAGCUAGCUAGCUAGCAAAUUUUAGCCAUAUUAGAAUAGACACCUCUAUUAGAAAACACCUCAAAACAAGACAUGGUAUCAAUAACAAGGUCAAACUAGCUGAAACGAGUCACUUACUAUUCGCCACAUGGCAGCUUCUCGUCAUUGUAGCUAGCUGUCUGGCCAUCCAGAACCAUAACACAUUAAGCUAUUCACUUUAUUGUACAGUAGAAGAUGUUUUAACUCAGACAGCUUUUAGGGAAACACUUGUGACAUUCUCUCGUUGGGUUAAACCACAGAAGAUAUUUUGACCUGGUUGGGCUAGAAGCAGGCCGUUUUCCCUGUAGUAAUGAUAUAACCAUGGCGCUAACUAAUCUGUUCUCACUUUGUUCUCUAGGGCGCUCUGAAACUAUGGUACAGAGAAGCCUGAUCAUUACAAUUAUUAUCUGGGAGAUUCUUUUCCUAGUCGCUCCCAAAAUAAAACUACUGGUCAUACAACAAAAUAUUUCAUAUGCCAUCAAACUGGUCGCACUUAACAGCCCUGUCUCUGUCUGGCUCGAUGGACCUUUGAAUGCAUCAUCGAAAUAUCCCAAUCAUUUGAUUUCUAAAAGCUGUAGCAAUGUCUACAUUGAGUUGUUAGUGGAUUAUGACUAUCCGAGGCUCUCUGACUGGCAACACAGUCAACACAAUGUUAAUUGAGAUGUUGCCGAAUUUCAAUCACUUAAAAAUGUCUGGUUUUGACUUUCAGAAAUGCUGACCUAAGUAUAAAGAAGUGCGAGUAGUGAAACGAGAUGUAUUAUUUUUUUUAUUAAUAUAAUAUUAUUACCAACAAUGACUUUAUUGCUUUAAGUAAUGUGAUAAAAGCCCAAGUAGAAAACAAGGCAGUUGAAUAAUAGAUGUACAGUGAAAAGCUACUGUUCUCACUCAGUAUCAAGGUUAUUUAUAUUUGUUUUAAGAUUUUUAUUUGAAAUUCAGUUUAUCAGUUCAUAUUCAGAUCCGAUUUCCUAUUUUAUAUUUAGUUUUAUACAAACAUUUCUAUUUCGUUUUCAUGUUAUUUAGUUUCAGUUUUAAUGUUAGUGUCACGUCUACUCCCCUCUGGAGUUCGACGUUGCCGGUUUACCAACCACCGGUCCUGGGAUCCAUCAUUACGUGCACCUACAUGUCAUCAUGAACCUCCAUUACCUCCCCUUUAUCCGUCACUCCCUUAGGUCCCCAGGCAGUAUUGAUGCUGUGAUAUGAAGCUACUGUUAUGUUGUCUGGUUCAAUGGUUGUUGUUUUAUUAAACGUUUCGCCUGCUUCUCCACUCACAGCGUCUUUGUUACAGUUAGGAACAGAAAGUAGCGUAUGUGGGGGUGGGGGGGGUUUACCACUAAAUUAUUGUCAAAAUUAAUAUAACCAGAAAUGAGCUGUUUGGUCUAAUUAAGUUUAGACGUGUGGAGCAAGCAGUCAUUUAGCUUUUUGGUCUAUUAAGGUCUUGCAUGGUGCUCAUCUCAAUGGGCGCAUGCCUCUGCUCAGACACUGCAUUCGUCUGCCAGAUCUUGCAUCACCUGGACAGGUGUUU